AUGACCGCUAUCAUUCACAAGUUGCGGGGGAAACGGAAGCUUUCCUCCGAGCUCGACUCUCGCUGGGGAGAUGUGUCUAUUUCCUACCCCAAUGCAGGCUCCUGGAGUCAGUAUGACCGGAUCUCCGAGAGAGUCAGUCCCACGUCUGCGCAGUCGUCCGAUCACGACGGCCACGCCUAUGGACGAAAGCACAGCUCUGGCGACUGCUCUGACCACCACACAGCCCCGAGUCCCGAUGGCCCAGAGCAGCCACCCCGGAAGGGAUCGGUGGAUUCAUCACUCACGAUACCCACGGGAUACUACGAUGCGCGAGUUCGCAGCCGGUCAAAGACAGCACCCAGCUCGCCCGAGCCCCCGCCACCGCAGCUCGCGCGACGUCCGAACAUUACAUUGCCGCAGGCCUGGGAGGAGGAACGCUUCAACGAUAGCUCUGCGGACGAAGCCGAGUGCGAUUCUGUUUCCGCAUUGGGAUGUCUGAAAGGGCGAGAAGAUGCGCCAGACUUCUCCCGGCCCUCCAAAUCCCCUCCACUAUCCGUCACCUCGCGAAUGCGACGGCUGAGUGGCCAUAGCACGGCCACAGACCCAACCUCCUCCUCCAUACCAGGUACAGCGAGCUCCAAACGAACCAGUUUCAGUUCAUCUGUGCCAUCAGCCUCAUCCGAGGACCCUCGACUUGCACGACAUACUCCACCACACCACGAGAAAAAGACUCCCCGACGGGCAAACCCUGCGCGGCUCACGACACAGCAGGAACUGGUCCCUUCGUACGACGAACUGUAUGGAUAG